ACCGCCGCUUGGCCCUCUAUUUAAUGAGCACCACCAGUCACUAGACACAGCGCCCGCAGGCCGCAGCUGCAGUCUGCAGAGCACAGCCGUGCGCGGUUUGCAACCGUACCAGCACAAGCACCCCAGGCGGGCAGGAAACAAGCCUCCUCCGCUGCUCCGCCGCAAUGGCGUCCCCGCGCGGCCAUCGCCGGGCCAGCGUGCUGCAGAAGGCGGCGGCGCUCCUCCUGCUCGCCCUGUCCUGCUGCGGCUGCACCGGUGCCGGCGCCGGUCCAUCGGCGCCAACCCCGAAGGUGCCGGCGGUGAUCGUGUUCGGGGACUCGACGGUGGACACGGGCAACAACAACGCGAUCGGGACCAUCCUGAAGAGCAACUUCCCGCCGUACGGGCGCGACAUGGCCGGCGGGGCCCAGCCCACGGGGCGGUUCUGCAACGGGCGCCUGCCGCCGGACUUCAUCUCCGAGGCGCUCGGCCUGCCGCCGCUGGUCCCGGCCUACCUCGACCCCGCCUACGGCAUCCAGGACUUCGCCCGCGGCGUCUGCUUCGCCUCCGCAGGCACCGGCCUCGACAACAAGACCGCCGGCGUCCUGUCAGUGAUCCCGCUGUGGAAGGAGGUGGAGUACUUCAAGGAGUACAAGCGGCGGCUCCGGCGACACGUGGGGCUCGCCGGUGCCCGUCGCAUCGUCUCCGACGCGCUGUACGUGGUGAGCGUCGGCACCAACGACUUCCUGGAGAACUACUUCCUGCUGGUGACGGGGCGGUUCGCGGAGUUCACGGUGGGCGAGUUCGAGGACUUCCUGGUGGCGCAGGCGGAGUGGUUCCUGGGCGAGAUCCACCGGCUGGGCGCGCGGCGGGUCGCCUUCGCGGGGCUCAGCCCCAUCGGCUGCCUGCCCCUGGAGCGCACGCUCAACACGCUCCGCGGCGGCUGCGUCGAGGAGUACAACCAGGUGGCCCGGGACUACAACGCCAAGGUGCUCGACAUGCUCCGCCGGCUCACGGCGGCGCGGCCGGGGCUGAGGGUCGCCUACAUCGACGUGUACCAGAACAUGCUGGACCUCAUCACCGACCCUUCCACGCUGGGGCUGGAGAACGUGGAGGAGGGGUGCUGCGCCACGGGGAAGGUGGAGAUGUCGUACCUGUGCAACGAGAAGAGCCCCGACACAUGCGACGACGCGGACAGGUACUUCUUCUGGGACUCCUUCCACCCCACCCAGAAGGUGAACCAGUUCUUCGCCAAGAAGACGCUGGACCUGUGCUACGACCAGCUCCUGCUGUGAUGCUGAUGAUGCGCCCUAGAGCUCAGUGUGGCUACGUUUAGUCCACACUCCACAGUCAAAAUUGUUGCUGCUAAUUCGUCUCCGUGUGUAUAGCAUAGCUAGCAUUCGAUGUGAUGUAUGUAGUAGUAUAUGGUUGCUGUGCCUGUCUCGAUGCGUCGAUCGAUGGAUUCACGAUUCUUUUGGGCUUAAAUGCUCAUAAGGGAGAUAAAAUUUACAC